AUGUCUUCCGCCCCCACCACUAUCGCCCUUGCCGUCUUCUGCGCCUUCGCUGUCAUCGGCCUCCUCCUUACUCUCGUUUGCGUUUUCGCGCUCGACAUGCCCACUCGCCGUUUCCUCCUCCCCGCUCGCUUCUUACUCUGCUACAUUUCGAUGUCGUGUCUGACCGAGCUGCUGGCCACGACAACCGGUGGUAUGGCGCCUCCCAGUCCGUCCCGCGCGAGCUUCUGCGACAUUCUGAUACGGAUUCGCAUGGCCACGACCAUCGGUGUGCCUUGUGCCCUGCUCGCCGUCACCAACCGCAUUUACACAUCCAUGCUGCUUGGUAUCUGGAAGGGGAACGGCGGUUUCCUCGGCGCCGAGACGGCCAGUCAAAUUCGCCGUGGGCGGAUUAUCGAUGCGCUCAUUUGCGUUGUCCCGAUCGCGCCAUUCAUCCUGCUGCAGCUCGCGACGAGCAUCCCUACUGGUCGCCGCUUCACGAUUCUCGAGGGCGUUGGCUGCGUCAGCUCACCGAGCAGCUCCACAGAGACCUACAUCAUUGCCUUUGGAGUGGUCGCUGCCUUGGAUGUGGUAACCUGGGCCUUUGCAAUCGCGGCCGUCAUCAUCGGGUUCGUUCGGCGCCAUGACCUCCGCAAGGCGAUUGUCUCUCCCACCGACCGCUCCGUUCUCCCACGCAUGAUUCUCCUCCCCAUUGUGAUCCUCCCGUUCUCCUUCGCCUCCGUGGUUCUGAGCGCCAUCACCACUCCUUCGUUGGCUGCCAGAUCGUUGACCCAUACGCCUGUUCCGGGAAUCGCACUGUUGUCAGCCGAAGACUGGACCGGAAACACAACUCUAGUCCAUGCUAUUGAGCUUGCCCGAUGGGCCGGGGCGGGCGGGCCGGUUGCCGCGAUUAUGGCAUUUCUUAUCCUCGGGCUCAGCGCGGCAAUGCGCGUGAAGUAUGUGUUCGUCGUCAGGCAUGUCCUACGCCUGGACUUCGCCAGCCUCCGCUUCCACACGCCCGAGCCGCGUCUUCCACAGCCUGCUGCCCAGCCCGCGAGCUGGUUGCAGCCGGUCCAGGAUAUUCGCUCGAAGCCCAUCCGUGUGCUCACCCUUGACGGCGACGCAGAGUCUGGUGCGCCGUCAAAUUACUGGGACGAGAUCGACCUUUCGGGGCGGGACACAUAUUAUGAUGGCCCGGCAUCGCCCGGUCAGCCGCUCCGGACGACAUACAUGCCGCCGCCCCGGCCCGGCCUCGCCGCCACAUAUGGACGCGCGAAACCGCUGCCCGCGCUUCCGGAGGAGCGCGAGUUCGUAAUAUCGCCUGAGGAUGUGAUGAAACGCGGUCUUGCGAAGGCGGCGCCGAGUCCCCCGAGGAGGGAGCUGACCAGAGCAUAUAACGGGAGGAUUUGA